GACUCUCAUUGGUGACACUGAUGCUCAUAUUUAUUAUUUAAUCCUCUCUCUCUCUCUCUCUCUCUCUCUCUCUCUCUCUCAUCAAGGGUUUGUUUUCUCUACUUUACAGCUCAAACUUCCUGCUUCUGCUACUUCCUCAACCGCAGAUCCAAUUAACGGUUAUAGUGAAUAGUAGUCUACGAAUCUUUGGUCCAAAAUAGAACGUCUAUAGGUUUCACCGGAUGGAUACAUUUAAUCAGCAUUUGCGUCCAAGGAAGGUUUUUUGAUGCAGUAGUGUACCAUAUGAUAUGUAAAAACUUAAUUAUUAUGCUUAAUCAGCAAAGCAAUGGCCUUUUUCCUGAAAAGUCUACAAAAGCCAUUGCAGGUGUACAUUCUAUUGUUAUGCUGUUUAAUUAGCAUCUGCCACGGUCUCACUGCUGAUGGUGAAGCUCUCGUUAACUUCCGGACAAGUAUUAUAAAUUCGGAUGAUGUGCUUGGUCAAUGGAGGCCCGAGGAUCCCGAUCCAUGUGGGUGGAAAGGGGUAACAUGUGAUCCUACGAAGAGAGUUAUAUCUUUGAAUGUUUCCAAUCACAAGUUAAAGGGACCACUAUCACCAGAUAUUGGAAAGCUAGAUCAAUUGAAAUUCUUAGAUCUUCAUCACAACAACUUUUAUGGAGCGGUUCCUCCAGAGUUAGGGAAUUGUACAGAGCUGCAAGGAUUAUUUAUGCAGAAUAAUUACUUAAGUGGAUUUAUUCCUACUGGAUUGGGAAAUCUUUCAAACCUUCAAACAUUGGAUGUCUCUAGUAAUUCUCUUGAUGGAAGCAUUCCCGCUUCAAUCGGGAAUUUAAGGAACCUCGUAAACUUCAAUGUGUCAUCCAAUUUUCUAGCUGGCCCAAUUCCAACCGUUGGUGUUCUUGGCCAAUUUGGAAGUGACUCGUUUGUGGGAAACAGCGACUUGUGCGGGGAGCAAAUUAAUAAGUUAUGCAAAGAUGAUGUUGGAAGUCAACAGCCUACAGGGAGCCAAAAUGUGAAAAAGAAUUCUGGACGGCUCUUAAUCAGUGCUUCAGCUACUGUGGGUGCACUGUUGCUUGUUGCACUUAUGUGUUUCUGGGGUUGUUUUCUGUAUAAAAAACUUGGGAAAAAUGACGUUAAAGGGCUCGCAAAGGAUGUCAUUGGAGGUGCAUCCAUUGUUAUGUUUCACGGGGACUUACCAUACUCAUCAAAAGAUAUCAUCAAGAAAUUAGAAACUUUAAAUGAGGAGCACAUAAUUGGCGUUGGCGGCUUUGGAACAGUCUACAAGCUGGCAAUGGAUGACGGGAAUAUUUUCGCCUUAAAAAGAAUAAUGAAAUUAAAUGAGGGAUUCGAUCGGUUUUUCGAAAGGGAGCUUGCGAUUCUCGGAAGCAUAAAACACAAAUACUUGGUGAAUUUGCGAGGAUAUUGCAACUCUCCCACAUCCAAACUGUUGCUAUAUGACUACCUGCCAGGUGGCAAUCUGGAUGAAGUUCUCCAUGAAAAUGGUAAUCAACUAGACUGGGAUGCAAGACUUAAGAUUAUCAUGGGAGCUGCAAAAGGACUAGCGUAUUUGCAUCAUGAUUGUUCGCCUCGUAUUAUACACAGAGACAUAAAAGCAAGUAAUAUUUUACUUGAUGGAAAUUUGGAGGCUCGGGUUUCUGAUUUUGGACUCGCAAAAUUGCUUGAGGAUGAAGAAUCGCAUAUUACAACUAUAGUUGCUGGAACUUUUGGUUAUCUAGCUCCAGAGUAUAUGCAGAGCGGUAGAGCAACAGAGAAGACAGAUGUUUAUAGUUUUGGUGUACUUAUGCUCGAAGUUGUAAGUAGAAAAAGGCCCACCGAUGCUUUGUUCAUAGAGAAAGGCCUUAAUAUUGUCGGCUGGUUAAAUCAGUUGGUAACGGAGGGUAGGCAGCAUGAGAUAAUUGAUGGCGACUGUGAGGGUGUCGGACCGGAAACCCUAGACCCUCUGCUCUCGGUUGCAAUCCAAUGUGUUUCUUCAAGCCCAGAAGACCGUCCCACGAUGCACAAAGUGGUGAAAACACUUGAAUCUGACGUUAUGACUCCAUGCCCAAGUGACUUCUAUGAUUCGUCAUCAGAUUAAGUUCAUUUCCGUUCUUCUAUUUACAUUUCAUGCAAGUGAAAACAACCACCGGGAGAUGGAGAAGAGCGUUAUGGUCUGCAAAUUCGGUUUUCAACUUGAUGAUCCAUUCUUCCAGUAAAAAUAUCAUCUUUUCUUUAUCGUUGCGGCUAAUUGGGAGUUUGUAAACGGUAUUUUUCUUUUUUUGUGUUGAUCAUAAUUGCUUUUUGGGUUGUGUGAUAUAAGAAAGUUACCCUAUUCCAUGUGUAUAUGAUGUUUAGUUGUCACAUUUCACCAAAGGAUCACGGAGCAUUGCCAUUUCUGUAUCAUUUACUCUUUGUUCUUUUGUUAUAAUGCAAGUUUUCAUCUGUUGUGAUGGCC